GAAAGGGAGGAGAAGCUGAAGAGCUACCUAUGAGCCUGAAGAUUGUACUGGCAAGCCCUGAAGACGUGUGCAGGCAGCGAGGCUAAUUCUCUAGACUGUUCGGACAGCUCCUCUCGAUGCUUCCCUCAGCCCCGGCCCAUCGUGUGGGACUUAAUUCACUUGGGGCUCAGGAACAGGCCUAGUCGUAGCCGUGUGAGCCAGUGUGAUGGUGAAAUGAGAUGAGGCUCCGACAUGGGACUGUAGCCACUGUGAUAGUCUUCAUCACUUGCUUCCUCACUUUGUCCUGGUACACAACUUGGCAAAAUGGGAAAGAAAAACUGAUUGCUUACCAGCGGGAAUUUCUGGCUUUGAAAGAACGUCUUCGAAUAGCCGAACACAGAAUCUCUCAGCGUUCCUCAGAAUUAAGCGCCAUUGUGCAGCAUUUCAAGCGCAUGGGAGCAGAAGCAAAUGGAAGUAAGGAUGCGAUGAGCAAGUUUUCAGGUACUACAUUAUCACUACUAAAAGAAUUAACAAGCAAAAAAUCUCUUCAAGUGCCAAAUAUUUAUCAUCAUUUGCCGCAUUUAUUGCAAAAUGAAAGAAGCCUUCAGCCUGCUGUGCAAAUUGGAAGUGGGAGAAAAGGAGUUUCCAUAGUCAUGGGAAUUCCCACAGUGAAAAGAGAAGUUAAAUCUUACCUCACAGAGACUCUUCGCUCCCUUAUUGAUAACCUGUACCCUGAGGAGAAGUUGGAUUGUGUCAUCAUUGUCUUCAUAGGCGAGACAGAUAUUGAUUAUGUGAACCAUGUUGUAGACACCCUGGAGAAAGAAUUUUCUAAAGAAAUUAAUUCUGGCCUGUUAGAAGUGAUAUCGCCCCCUGAAAGCUACUACCCUGACCUGACCAACUUAAAGGAGACAUUCGGAGACUCUAAAGAGAGAGUCAGAUGGAGAACAAAACAAAAUCUGGACUAUUGUUUUCUCAUGAUGUACGCUCAGGAAAAGGGCGUCUAUUACAUUCAGCUUGAAGAUGAUAUUAUCGUCAAACAGAAUUACUUUAACAUCAUCAAAAACUUUGCACUUCAACUGUCUUCCGAGGACUGGAUGAUUCUAGAAUUUUCCCAGCUGGGUUUUAUUGGGAAGAUGUUUCGUGCACCAGACCUUAGUCUCAUUGUGGAGUUCAUAUUCAUGUUCUACAAGGAGAAGCCUAUUGACUGGCUCUUGGACCACAUUCUCUGGGUCAAAGUCUGCAACCCCGAAAAGGACUCAAAACACUGUAAUAGACAAAAGUCAAACCUGAGAAUUCGCUUCAGACCUUCCCUUUUCCAGCAUGUUGGCCUGCAUUCUUCACUCACAGGGAAAAUCCAGAAACUCACGGACAAAGACUAUAUGAAACCUUUGCUUCUGAAAAUCCAUGUCAAUCCCCCCGCAGAGGUGUCGACUUCUCUGAAGGUCUACCAGGGACACACGCUGGAGAAAACAUACAUGGGCGAGGACUUCUUCUGGGCUCUUACCCCAGCUGCUGGAGACUACAUCCUGUUCAAAUUUGAUAAGCCUGUCAAUGUGGAAAGUUAUUUAUUCCACAGCGGCAACCAAGAGCACCCAAAAGAUAUUCUGCUCAACACAACUGUGGAAGUUUUGCCUUUAAAGAGUGAAGGUUUGGAAAUAAGCAAAGAAACCCUGGACAAGCGGUUAGAAGAUGGUUAUUUCCGGAUAGGAAAAUUCGAGAAUGGUGUGGCAGAAGGAAUGGUGGAUCCCAGCCUAAAUCCCAUUUCAGCCUUUCGACUUUCAGUUAUUCACAAUUCUGCUGUUUGGGCCAUUCUUAAUGAGAUUCAUAUUAAGAAAGUCACCAACUGACCAUGCUCUAAGGAACCAGCAAGCUUGUUUUCUGGGCAUCUAGUAAAGAUAGUUACACGUACCUUUUUAAGACACUCGAACACUACCUCUGUGAAAUCUACUGUCAGUGAUUGUCGUUUCUACUUGGAAGGAGAAUCGCCCCUGGAUAAAUUAUACUGUAUUCAUCUGAAUUCCAGCUGUCCUUCAAUUUUAACUGAUGCAGACAUUCAGUUAUGACAGCCUAUUAAUAUGACUUGUACUAUUUUGGUAUUAUACUAAUACCUAAGAGUUGUACAUAUUCUUACAUUCCUUAAAUUUGAGAAUAAUUAAUGUUAAAUACAUUUUAUGAAGGGGGUACUUUUGAAGUUCAUUUAUUUUACUAUUAUAAGGCCCUCUUUUAUAGAUUAUCAGGGAUUAUAUAUAUGCAUUAAGAUGCUAUGAAGUUAAUUUAUUAGAAAACCUUAAGAAGUACAUAUUUUUGUGCAGUAAAUUUUUGAAUGGAUCCUUUUUUUGAAAACCCAACUACCUUGCUUUUUAAGUUCUAUUUUUUUCCUUUGGAAAUGCCAACAUAACCAGUUAAUGCCAUUUUUCCAAAUGCACUGCCAUUUAAGAAUUAUUCUAGAUUGAUUUUCUGGAGAAAUUAUUCUGAAACUUUUAUAUUCACAUUGAUGCUGAACACUUAUUUCCAGAUACAUUUGUCAUUCCUCAAAACCGAGACUGUAAAGGUCAGUUAGUUUACGAUACUGCUCAGAGACCAUAGUCACAAAAUAUCCUCUGGUAGCUCUCAAAUAUAGGACGAACUAGGAGACUUGUCACACUUCUUGUAUGAAAGAUGACAGGCCCUUAUUUCCUUUCUGAUCUUUGUCUUUAAUCCAUGAGUUCGUGACAUUUUCUGUUGGUUGUCUUUUUAUAUCUACACUCCAACAAAAUGUUUUCUAGAUUCUAUUGUAUGACUAUGAUUGUUUAAAUUUAAAGA